GUCGCUGAAAAAUGGCUGCCUCCAGUUACACAUGUGUGCUGUCAAGCCGAAGAUCGUUUUUGUCAAUUUUGAGGUCAUAUUCAAGAUACAGCACAACAGCAUUUAUUGACAAGAAUCAAUAUACAAAGACCCCAGGUUUUGUUCCUGUUUACCAUUCCCAAAGAAAACCAUUAUUGCAGCGCUCAUUUAGUACCACCUCUUACUACUGCAGCUCUGACAAUGAAAAUAUUGUCAACGCUGAACCUACUGAACAAGAGGAAGAUUACCACAACAUCAUUAAAGACACUGAAAGGUCAAAAGGGCCAUCGGAUCAUCAUGAAUUUCAAGCAGAGACAAGAAAGUUAUUGGAUAUUGUUGCCAGAUCACUUUACUCAGAAAAAGAGGUGUUUAUCAGGGAGUUGAUCUCUAAUGCCAGCGAUGCUCUGGAGAAGCUACGAUAUCAACAGAUGACAGACUCCGAAAUCCGAGACUCGGAUGUUCCCCUGGAGAUCCACAUCGGAGUGGAUGAAGACAAAAAGACAUUUACAAUACAAGAUACUGGCAUUGGUAUGACCAAGGAAGAAAUGAUUGAAAACCUCGGAACAAUUGCCAAAUCAGGAUCUAAGGAAUUCCUGGAAACCAUUUCCAAGAAGCCCGGAGAUAUUGGCAGCAGCAUCAUUGGUCAGUUUGGAGUGGGCUUCUACUCGUCGUUCAUGGUGGCGGAGAAGGUGGAGGUGUACUCACAGUCCAACAAGCCGGGCAGUCAGGCCUUCUGCUGGACCUCUGAUGGCACUGGGAGUUACGACAUAGCUGAAGCUGAGGGGGUGCAGAGAGGAACCAAAAUAGUUCUUCAUCUGAAGGGCGACAGCUACAACUACGCCAAAGAGGAUCGGAUCAAAGAGGUUAUCAAGAAAUACAGCAACUUUGUUGGAGUUCCUAUUUACCUGAAUGGAAAACGAGCAAACAUUGUGCAGCCCCUAUGGAUGAUGGAUCCAAAAAGUAUUACAGAUGACAUGCAUGAGGAGUUUUAUCGCUUUAUCGGAAAUGUGUAUGACAAACCUCGCUACGUGCUUCAGUACAAGAUUGAUGCACCCCUAAACAUUCGAGCUUUGUUCUACGUACCUGAGUAUAAACCAACUAUGUUUGACAUGAGUCGGGAGACAGACGUGAGCGUGAAUCUGUACAGUAGGAAAGUGAUGAUCAUGCCCAAGGCCAACUACAUCCUUCCUAGGUGGCUUCGGUUUAUGAAGGGUGUUGUUGACAGUGAAGAUAUUCCCCUGAAUCUGAGUAGAGAACUUCUACAGGACAGUGCUUUAAUCAGGAAGUUGAAUGAUGUGCUGACUACCAGGAUUAUCAAGUUUUUCAUGGACCAGAGUAAGAAGGACCCUCAGACCUACCUACAGUUCUACGAGGACUACGGACUGUUCUUCAGAGAGGGCAUUGUGACAACACACGAUCAGGAUCUUAGGGAAAGAAUAGCUAAACUGUUGAGAUUUGAGUCAUCUAAGACUGCCCCUGGAGAGUUGAUUGGCCUGGAUGAGUAUGCAGACAGAAUGAAGGCUGGAGCAAGGGAUAUUUUCUACCUGUCUGCUCCAAAUCGUCAGCUGGCAGAGAGGUCCCCAUACUUGGAGGCCCUACAGAAGGAGGACAAGGAGGUGUUGUUCCUAUAUGAGCCUUAUGACGAACUCGUCCUGAUGAACCUGGGCCAGUUCUAUAAGAAGAAUCUCAAGUCCAUUGAGAAUGAGAUCACGAGCGUGGACAAGGACGGGGAGAUAGAAGAGGGCGAGCCGGGCAGCCUCUCGAGGACGGAGGCCAAGGACUUGAUGGACUGGAUCUCCAAUGUCCUCAUGAACAAAGUCAGCAAGGUCAAGGUAACAAAGAGGCUGUCCUCCCAUCCCUGUGUGAUUACGGUUGCUGAGAUGGCGUCAGCCAGACAUUUCCUGAGGACCACGCUGGCAGGGAAAAGUCAGGAGGAGAGAUACAGGCUGCUGCAACCCACACUAGAAAUUAACCCAAGUCACCCUUUGAUAAAGAAACUCAAUACCCUGCAAACCAAUAAUCCAGAUCUGGGAAGAUUGGUGUUGGAACAGCUGUAUGACAAUGCGAUGAUACACGCUGGUCUAGUGGACGACCCUCGAACCAUGGUAGAUCGACUCAACGAACUUCUUGAGAAAGCUUUGGACAAACACUGAUAUACCGUAUAUGCAUCAUCCAAAUGAACUCAUCAUCUCAAAGACAAUAGGCAGAUGCAAUUUACAAAAUGAUGUUCCUGAAACUUCUGCUUUAAUCUUUUAGAGGUCAUUUCUUGCCUGACCAAGGGCUUAUUUUACCUAACGAUUCAGAUGUUUCAACUGGAGAGAGGUUGAUAAUAUGGGAUGCACAUUUGUAUGUGUAUCAGUUUAUAGCAUAUGUUGUAGUACUAAAUUUACAGAGUGCAUUACAUGUAUGUGGUAACAAACUUGUCUGUGAUUUUUGAAAUAAAAUAUACGUGUAUACGUAAAAGCAGUGGCGUGAUGGUUCAUGAAGGAGGUAAAUUUACAGGACAUGCAUUAAAUAGACAAAUUGUUUUGUUGCUAGAUACACCAUUACCAAAUAAUCCAGGGGAAAAGUCUCUGCACGGAGAUAAACCCAUGAUCUAGACACUGGAUAGAGAAAGCUUUGAUAAAACUUUGUAGGGAUGUGAUAUGGUUUGAAAAAUUAUGUACGUUUACCAUUUGCAUGUGUUUUGUUAAUUAAUAUUUCAACAAAUAACAAUAUUUAUAUAAAUUUGUUGUUCUAUUUAAUAACCAUAGAAUUAGCUAAUUAAAGGUUGCAUUUCACAAAGGAAAUUACAACUUAUGACCAAAAUAAAAAUUGUUCAUUUUUCAUUAAAAAUAAAUAUGAGCAUACACAUGUUUAUAUAUUGAAAAAGUUCGGAAUUAAAAAAGUUUACCUCAACUUUGGACUAAGGAUCAUUCCAUCAUCACUGCUCUGACUUUUUAUGGAGAAAUAUUCAGAUUGUACGGCUACAUGUUUAACUAAUUACAAGCUCAAUUGAACAAAAGCAAAGGUGCUAGAUACAUGAAUGACCGACUUACUUAUUUUGUCCAUUUCUGAUUUGUAUUAACUGAUUCCAUGUGUGCCUUUGUAUUUUAAAUUUACAAGCACUUCAUUUUUUUUACCAUUUCCUCAUAUAAACAAAGAUAUUGACAAGCAGUUUGAGUGCCUACUGCAAAUGCACUCGGAGUAGGCCGACUACCUAGUUAAGAUGGGAUAGCAUCCUCCAAAGAUAGGAUGCAUGGACACAGAUUGUGAUGCGGAGAUCCCAUGUUGGUAUAAGUAUAGCUCUGAAUGAUGAUAUAUGUCCUCAUGUGAUGUAAACAUUGCAAAACAAACCAAGGAUUUCCCAAAAUAAGGAAACUGCAUUUAUACACUAUUAAACUCAUAAUGUACAACUAACUUCGUGUAAUCACUGCAAUAUUUUUCCUCAAUCCUUUUCUUGCCAUUUGGUGUGAAUAUUCCACCCAGCAUAGACAGUGUCUCACUUCAAUUUUUCAAAUUCAUAUAAAAUUACUUAGCUUGUUGCAUGAACAUUUUAAUAAAAGUCAAUGCUAGUCACUCCCAUUCCUGCAGCAGUUUAAAUAACACAACAUUCAGCAUCUGACAUGAAAAUUAUCGUUUUUCCCAAAGCCAUUUCCUCAUGGAAAUCAAGUUAACGAUGCAGUCAAGACAAAUACAAUACAUGGAACUUGUUUGUUAAUUUUAUUGCCACUUGGCGUGGUGGAAAUCAUAAAAUUAUGACCUAAUACAGAUUCACUGCUAGAUCUAGCUCCAUAGUGAUUUCAUCUAUCUAAAUAAGGUUUCCUUUUGAGAGAUUACAUUACAUUAACUCUACAUAUAUAGAUGUCUUUCUUUUAAUAAUAAUUAGGCAACAAUGGAAUUGAAGUUAAAACUAGGCCAAGACAUAUUAAAUGUGUCAAAAGCAUGAACAAGGUAAUAUCUAAUGACAAAAAAUUUUCAGAAUUGCCAGUUUCCAAAUACAUUAUUAUUUUUUUUUAA